AUGUCUGCCCCCAUUUCCAACAAGCUUAUCCACCCCCAACCAAUCCAUGCUCCCCCUUUGCUUCCCCCCAUUUCCAGAAUCAAUGGAAAGAUGAAAGCUUGCUGCAGGGCCAUCUCAACCACAUAUCCAAUGGCUAUCACCACUAGAUUGAACCCCUGUUUCAUCACCAAAGUGGCUGAACCUAACGCUGGCUUAAUCGGCGGUGAGGAUGAUGUGUUACAAGAUCCUAACACACUUUCUCACCUCAAAACUGAACUCUUACAAGGGAUUUUUGGAGUCCCAUCCUCAAAGAAAUAUGACAUUGAAGCUCUGGUGAAGCUGCUAGAAUCUCACAAUCCAACUCCAGAUCCUACCUUGAAUCUAGAAAAGGUAGGUGGUUGCUGGAAGCUAGUUUACAGUACUAUUACAAUCUUGGGUUCCAAGAGAACAAAGCUUGGGUUGAGGGAUUUCAUCACUUUGGGAGAGUUUUUCCAGAUCAUCGAUAUUGAAAAGAGCAAAGCAGUUAACGUGAUAAAGUUCAAUGCCAGAGGAUUGAAAUUGUUAAAUGGGGAGCUCACAAUUGAAGCUUCCUUCAAGAUCGCAUCCAAAUCAAGAGUUGAUGUAAGCCACGAUAACUUGACAAUCACUCCUGAUCAGCUGUUGAAUGUGUUCUCGAAAAAUUAUGAUGUUGUGCUUGCUAUCUUCAAUCUGGAAGGGUGGCUGGAGAUAACGUAUGUAGAUGUUACGAUGAGGAUAGGGAGAGAUGAUAAAGGGAACAUCUUCAUAUUAGAAAGAUCAGAAGAAGGCACAGUCUAGCUGCCAUUAUACACAUCAAUUUGUUGAUAUAAAAUUCUGUUUUUCAUUUCAUACAAGGUCCAGUUUUGUAGUUGGCAUUCUCAUUUUAUAUCAUCUAAACGAUUUAAGCAUAAAUGAAAGUGAAGUUGAUUUCUAGCGCC